CAGAUCAGUGCAAGGAAGAUUUCUGCACAUGAUUUCUCCCUCUCAGUACUUAAGGGGGUAAAGAUGCUACUGCCUGUACACCACCAACUACAGUCACCAGAGAGACCUUUAGGCAGCAUCUGGGGAGGUGUGUGGGACUGGUCCUUCACAGGAGGUGAAAACAAGGAUAUACCCAUGACCCACAACCAGGAGAGAGCAUUGUGUAGCUCAGCAGGUGCCUGUAGGAGCUAGUGAAGCCUAGGAGGAGAUCUUGUCAAUGAUCUUUAACUGUAGCCACAGGGCCAGGAGGCAGUGUUAAAUUAUGAACCGUUACUGAGGCAGGCUUUUCUUGUGCCAAGAUUGGUAGCUCCUACUGUGAAGAGCAACUUCUCCAUUGAAUGAUGUGGGGUUGUCAGCAAACGGUUCCUUGUGGUGCUUCUCUUCUUUGAAAGGCCCUUCUGUUGUUUUGUGUUAGUUGUGUGAUUUUUUUUUCUCUCAGCACAAGAGAAUGAUCUUGCCAUGACAUUCAGUGCUUUGUUGUUUUGUUUUGUUUUGUUUUUUUCCAGAAGAGACUACUUACUAUACUAGCUGAAUCACUUGUUGUAAUGGGGAACUGUCGUUUCAAAAAACAUGCUGACAGAUAAACAUGCUGUUUCUUUUUGGAGAGAACCAACAGAAGGCAGUUUGCUGUUUAGGCUGUUUUUAGCAUAUUUUAUAUCAAACCCAUGUGUGUGUAAAUGAUUAUGUGCUGUACCAAUAUGCCUGGCAUUUCAAAAAGGGCUUGAAUGAGAUAGGUGCCUGUAUUUCUAACUUAUAUUUCACUAAAGACAGUUAAUAUCCACUUCAAAACACACAAGUACGGGUAUUUGCAUGACUUGUUGGCAUGAAACAGUCAUUUAUCUUCAUGUAGCAAUGACUGGAUGUGCUCUAUUUCGGGUUUGCUGAGACAAUUGAAUUCCAUUAUGGGCAGUUAAAAGGUGGUUUUGCACUUGCUAAUUUGACUAUUUUAGUGAGGACGGGCCUCUUUGUGGUUUGUGACAUCUUUAUUCUAGGGUUCUAUAAUCAUCACACUUGAUAGUGUAGUAAAACAAACUAUUACUGUUUUAGCUUCUUAUUGCAGUAUUAAAGUAACCUUUUUCUUUUUUUAUCAUAGAAAGAAUGUAGAGCAGUGCUCUCAGGAGUAGCUUGUAAAAAGUGGAACUGUGCCAUAUUUUAGAUCUUGUAUUAGCAAAUAUUUCUAGACCCUAAUCACAGUGAACUGAAGUGAAUGAUUUCAGUGGGCAGCACAUCUGGGCUCUGCGUUCUACCAAAAGAGCAAACAGAGGAUAGAUGUUUCUAAAAGAAUUUACUACUGAAAAUAUGCAAAGAAUAAAUCAUUGCUAAUGCCCCAGGUUUCUAUUAUUUUUAACAGAAUCUUAGCCCUGGCAUUAAAAAGUGCUGUGGAAAUUUUUACCAAUGAUAUCUUUAAUGCAGCUUUUUAGUAAGACUAACAUUCCCACUAUUGACAAGCGCUGCUGGCAGUAGUGAAAUCAGUGUGUUACGACUAAGCAAGUCCCUUGAAAUUAAAAAGUAUGUUACAAGGGGGGAAAGUGGAAAUUAAUGAUCAAACUAAUACAUUGUUAAGUUAGGCCAUUACUUGUUUAUAAAUCUAAAAAGCUCACUCAAUAUCUAAAAACCUCUUGUGAAGAUAGAAGAAAGAAAAGCGGCCUCAAGGCCCGAGUAAGGAGGGGAAAUCCAUCCUGGUGCUUCUGCGGCCCAGGGGCUGCGGGCUGCUGUCACCCUGGGCACCCCAGCAGGCCCUGUCAGAGCCUGGCUGCGUGGUCGCACGUGGCCGGGUUGUGCUCCCGGGGCGUUUCGGAGCCUGCCCAGCUCUGAGCAUAGGUGGUACACGCUCCUUCUGCCCAGACUGUGAGCUGGCCCCAUACAGGCAUCGCAAGCACAAGCUGUGGGGCUUCGUUGGCUCGGUACUGCACCUGAGCUAAUUGCUGUGCAGCCCUGCGUACCGCCUUUCGCUCUCACAAGGCACGGUUCUGUAGCUUCCAGACUCAGCUGGGUCUGAGCACAGGCAAAGGGGCUCUUGUUUGUCCACGUCCAGCCAGACUGACAGUUAGAAACAUGCCAGUGCAGUAUCCUGUGAGGGUGUUGGAGAAUUUGUGGUGAAUUGUGGUGCUAUACCUCUCAGAAAAGCCAUGGGCGUGUGUGUGCCUUCACCAGAUCUUCUCAUUACCACCUCUGUCUCAUUAGCUUACUCUUGACUUUUGAUGAUCUUGAUAUACUCUGUGUAGCUUGAUGUACUAUUUGCAUAUACUUCAAGAUAAAAUUGCUCUGUUUUUCAUUCUCCUUUCACUUGGUACCAUGCUUGUUAGCCUGAACAGAAAGAAUGAUUUUAAUGCCACUUAAAACACUGGUCUUGCUUUGCUCUGUUUCCUGUGGCUGAGGGCCUUUGAUUUAAUUAAGCUGGAUUUUCAGAAGAAUUAAUCGUAGUAUAAUAACCUGGAUUGAAUAGGAAAAUAAGUGGUUUUUUUGAGGUGGAAAUGGGAUUUGGUAAGGAGUGUCUGAUUAAAUGAGGAAAAAUAUCUUAACUGUUGAAUGGAUGUUACAUUCUUAUAUUCUGAUAAUGAUUCUCAGAAAAUUCAUCAUUACAGAAAACUUAGCAUGCUAAAUCUACAGACAUUUCUUGUUAAUCAGACAUUACCUACGUCCCUCUAAAUUAGCUGGAGUACCUGAAAUCGGAUAGCAGAAAAAUGCAUGUUUACUCUUAGAAUUUAGAGCACUUCACACUCUAACAGACUAUGACAGCUCCAUGCUGGUGUUGCUACUUAUCCCACAUGCUUGGGGCUGGAAUGUGGUUCACUGUAUUUGCAUAACUAUUUUGUAUAUCUGAAUAUAGUUAGUUUCAGUUACAUGAAGAGGUCUCCUACUUGCCUUUCUCUUUGCUCUUGUAGAGUAAAAUAUGUGUUUAUUCCACAAGACAAGGAGUCAUUGAUCAGGACUGGGCAGCUCUUGGUAAGCUCUGUACAAGUUCAUAGGGUGCAUUUUUAAAGCCAGCUCCUGCCAGUCAUGCCCUCUGAAAGGGGCAGUCUGUCUGUCACCACCUCCACCUUUCUACCGCCUUCCAUACGUCCUGAGCUGAAAAUCAUUCAAAGGAAGUAAUUAAUUAAAAUGAGUCUACUUAACUUGAAUUUAGAUUAGAUAUAACUCGCCUUGUAGUCACUGUUGUCAACAAAGCAGAGGUAGAAAAAAGUAUGGCGAGGGCAAGAGUGUGAAGCUGCAGCAUGAGGAAUGUUACGCGAGGAGGCAUACCAGGGAACUGACAAAUGUAUUUGUGGAGGUGGUUUUAGUAAAGCUUAAUCUUCUGCCUUUUAAUGAUUUAUAAUUCUAGCCAGUGUGUCUGCAUGUUAAGGGUAAUAUAUAGUAGUGCAAUCACAAAACAGCCAAUGAUCUUUUUAGGACUCCUUUUCCUUUUUUUUUUUUUUUUUAAUUAUGCUGCCACCUGUAAUAACUAAUACAUUUGAAUCUUGUUUUGCAUUUUUGUAAACGUGAUACAAAUUCAUCCUAGUAUUUCUUCUUCAUUUAAAGUGUCUGGGUUUUAAUGUGCUCCUGAAGCUAAGUUUAAAAAGUCCAUUUCCUCUUUUAUCUGUAGCGAUUCUUCUGCUAACCCCUCACGCGGUAGGGUCUGACUGUGCUCGGUGCCUUGCUCUCUGCUGGGCUGCUUCAGCUUUUCAAAGCCUUGGCACAGUUUUGAGGAAGUGUGAGUUUCUGCUGCUACCAGAUGUCUCUUGUUUAAAAUAACUAGCAUUAGGUAUUUUUUUUUCUUAUUAUUAAUGAUUCUUUUUGUUAAAAAUCUAAAUGAGAAGUGUUUGCAAGUAAGGGGUUCUGUGAUGCCUCCCUCUGCCAGUUCAAAAGAUUUUGGCUGGGGGAUACCACCAAGCUUCUUUAGCAAGGACUUCUUUGAGAAUUCUAGCAAAAAAUAAAUAAUAAUAAUAAUAAAAAAAAUGGUGGCUUCUGUGUUCCCUACUUGCUACACUAAGAUUUUUCCACUUGUCUACCCACUAAGCUGAAAAGUCUUCAAGCUGUGGUAACAGCUGAAAGAAGCAUAUAAUCCAUAUCCCCUCCUUUGUCCAUUUCCAUGCUGCAUUUUGUAGAAAGUCCUUAAGGACGGUGUUUGAAAAGCAGUUUUCUUGUAUAAGAGCUGCUAAUUGAAAUAGAAGUAAUUGAAAUAGGAAUUGAAAAAAAAUACAUUUCUGCAUCCUUUAAUUUUGAACAGUAUUUUUUGGAAUAAAUUGAAUGUCUAGACCAUUUUGCAGCUUGUCAUAGUUAGGUGCAUACCUUAGAUCAAAACCAGCCUUCCAGUCAGUCAUUGUGGAUCUCCCAGUUGCUAUUAGGGGAACGAAAACUAUAUAAUAAUUAAAAUCUGCAAAUGAUGGAUAAUAAAUGAAUAAGUGGUUUUAAAAUACAUGCUUUUUAGUUCUGAGAGUGCUUUUCUUUGUUGUUUGUUUUAUUAAUGUUCCUAAGCCAUACAAAACAUAUGAAUGCAGUCUCUUACUGAAGAUGUUAUUUGUUCUGAGCAUCUGAGCUGCAGGGACAGAAAACUAAUGCGAGCUCUGCACUGGCCUGGCUUGUAGUCUUCUCCUUUCACAGUCUACCAUAGCUACCAUUUUCCAACUAAGAAGGCUUUCAAGUGGAACUAGCCACAAGGCACUAUAAACAUAGCUUUGGUAUAUACUAAAGCAAAAAUAUUUCAUUAUCGUGGUCCCAUGAGACCUUUCUGCAGCCUGUGAAUUGGCAAUGAGUAGCGCUCUCCUGCCAAGCUAAUCAUUUACACCAGAGCUCCAUCUUUAUAAAAUGAAAUUAUUUAGAGUACUUUUUCUAUCAGUGCUACCACCUCAGCUAAUGUUGAUAUUUUGAGUGUAUAAGCCAAGCUCCAUUUUUUUUCUUUCCAAAAGGGUAUUGCAAAUCGUGCAAGUGUUUUGAAUACCUUGAACUGAAAGAAGUUGGCCUUGAGAUUGCAUUCACAGGUCUGUGAGAUACCAGAUGAAGAGAAUAAAAAUCUUGAAAAUGCAAAGCAGAGGUAUAAAGUCAAGCAAUAAUAUAUUAGUUGAGAUUAGGUCAUAUAUAAAAACAGGGUGAGAUUGAUUCAGUAAGUGUACCAUUAGAAAGAAACGGGAUGAUUCUGAUUAUUUUAAGGAAAGCAUAUUGCUUAAAUGAAUGUAAUGUCUCCUGUAACAUUUGGUUAUAACAUUAACACUAAUGAUUAAAAGUAAAGACUAACCUAAUAGAUAUUAUUAGUUUUGAGAAAAAUGAAGAAGACCCAAAUACAGAAAUCAAUACUUCAGGAGACAGCUAAAAAUGUGUUACGAUUGUUCUCCUCUAACCCAGAAUCCUCUUGCUUCUAGAAAGAUGUGCUGAGAAAAUAUCUUUGCUGAACCCUCUGUUUAUGCUUCUGUGAAAGCAUAAGGCAUAUCUAUUGCAAUAUAUGAAGUGUCUUUGACAUUUGGAAUCAAAUCUGUUUGGAUUGAGAGCUCAAAAGUGAAAGGCCACAUUAGCAGCUUCAUUUUCAUAUUUCCAGUGUAAUUUAAAUAAUUCAUUUCCCUUUUUUUUUUAUGAUGACCACGCCAUGUCUAAAUAUAUGUCUUUACUUGUUCAGAGCUGUGCAACGAGCGAUUACUAUCAGUCGAUUUGUCAUAUUUCAUUGUGUUUUGAGUGGUGUUGAAGUCAGUAAGUUGUACAGCACCCAACCACAAUCAGCAUAUUGCUGUUAAGUUUCCCUUGGACUAAUAGACUCUGAGGCAGCCUGCUGCAAAUAUUGAACAUCAGAUUGAUACUUCAGUCAUCCUGUCCUUCGCAGUAAGAUGGAGACUUUUGAGAAAAAGAGUGAUCUUGGUUUGCAGACAGAGGUCAACAUGGAACAACCGUUCAGUAUUAGUUCCUUGAAAAAGCUAGUAGCUAUUCCUGACCAUACAGACAUCUCUGUGACCCCAGAAGAGAGAGUACGUGCCUUAAGCAAACUUGGCAGCAAUAUCACAAUCAAUGAAGACAUCACUCCACGUCGUUACUUUAGAUCUGGAGUAGAGAUGGAGCGAAUGGCAUCAAUAUACAUGGAGGAGGGAAACCUGGAGAAUGCUUUUGUUUUUUACAACAAGUUCAUAACCUUGUUUGUGGAAAAACUGCCCAGUCACCGAGACUAUCACCAAUGUGCAGUACCAGAAAAACAAGUUAUUAUUAAGAAACUGAAGGAGGUUGCAUUUCCACGGACAGAUGAACUGAAGAGAGAUCUUUUAAAAAAAUAUAACUUAGAAUAUCAAGAAUACAUGCAAAACAAAAACAAAUGUAAAACUGAAUUUCUGAAGAAACUAGAACAGCAGAGGCUUAUAGAGGCAGAGAAGAAACGAAUCGCACACAUGCGGCAACAGCAGCUUGAAUCAGAACAGUUUCAAUUCUUUGAGGAUCAACUUAAGAAGCAAGAACUAGCUCGGGAUCAGAAAAUUAAAGACAGCAUGGUUAUGUCUGAACAGAUAGAUGGAAGUAUGCUAUCUUGUAUUUCUGUACCUGAGAACAGUUCCUUAUCUGCCACGUUGCUUGAAAAAAACGAGAAGAGUGGCUCUACUGGACAUUCACCUCCAGUAAACCGGGCCCUAAAGCCAGCAGCUGCUUUAAGUGCUGUUCAGACUCAAUUGGCUGAAGCACUCAGAGGUGUAAUUUUACCCAGGGAUCUCUGUCACAAAUUUCUGCUGCUAGCAGAGGCAAAUACAUUAAGAGGAAUAGAGACAUGUGGAAUUCUCUGUGGAAAACUGACACACAAUGAAUUUACUAUUACCCAUGUAAUAGUGCCAAAGCAAUCUGCAGGACCAGACUACUGUGAUAUGGAGAAUGUGGAAGAACUAUUUGGUAUUCAGGAUCAGUAUGAUCUCCUCACUUUGGGUUGGAUUCAUACACAUCCAACACAAACUGCAUUCUUAUCCAGUGUUGAUCUUCAUACUCAUUGUUCUUACCAGCUAAUGUUACCAGAGGCCAUUGCGAUUGUUUGUUCACCAAAACAUAACGACACUGGCAUCUUCAGACUUACUAAUGCUGGCAUGCUUGAAGUUUCUGCUUGUAAAAAGAAGGGAUUCCAUCCACAUACAAAGGAUCCUAGGUUAUUUAAUCCGUGUACCCACGUGGUUGGAAAAGACAUAAAGAUAAUUGUGCUGGAUCUGAGGUGAUACAGAUGGACAAUAACAAGUUGCUAAACAAGUGGUCAAAAGAGAAAAAUGGCUUCCUGUUUUUCCUACAUUUUCAGAAAUGACUUUUAUAUUUAUACAUUUUAGAUUGAGUGGUUUGAUAUUUAUUGCUUUAGCCUGUUUUGGAGUUAUUUUGUUGCUCUGUCAAGGUGGAGUUCAGUGGCAUUACCCCUGAAUCUGUAAAAGCAUCAUCUCACUAAAACCAACAAUAAAAUGAACUUCAAAUAACAGAAACAAAGUUGAA